UGCCGCCCUCCUGCGGCUCGCCGCCGAGAGCCAAGUAACCUCGGCGCCGGCUGCAGGCGUCCUCCUCCUCAUCGUCGUGGGCAUCGUCGUCCAGCUCCUCAUACGUCCGUCCAGCGCUUGCCGGACUCGCGCUGCCGUCCCCAGCAGAUUUUUAGCCUCCUCCCACGCCCUGGAUAAGAACCGCGCGCAGCCCAGCUGCUUCUUCUUCCCUUGUACACGCACGUAGUCCUUGAGAUUUUUUCUCACGGAGCUUAUCUCCUUCCUGCAGCGCUCGGUGCCCAGCCCAUCUCCAUCUCUCUCUCGUAGAGUUCCCUGGUCAAGCUUCCCAGCCAUGGCAGCGCCCGCCUCCCUGCUUCUCUCCCUCUUCUGCUCAGAUCCCUGCUUGUGGAGCUUCAUUCCGCUCCCAGCUUCCUCUGCCGGCGCCCAAGCUUCUAGUUCUUCAUUCCGCGGCGCGCCCGAUUCCUGCUCGCCGAGCUUCUUCCAGCCGCGCCGUCGCCUUGCUGCUCGCCCGUCCGCGCGCCACUUCGUCCCUGGCCACCGUCCGCCGUCGAGUCCAUACGCGCGAGCCCCUCUCCCUAGCACUUCCCCGCCGGAGUGCUCGCCCCCGACCCCGCCCGUCGCGCCCGCCGGAGAGCGCGCCCCUGGCCCCGCCCGUCGCGCCCGCCAGAGCUCCCACCCCCGACCUCGCCUACCCCGGCCGCCGCGCCCGAUGGAGCGCCCGCCCUCGUCCCCGCCCGCAGCGCCCCUCACCGCCCUACCCCGCCGGCGCCCCCGCCGGCCCGCCCAUUGAUGCCUCCGCCCCGCCCGGUCUACGCCCAAACGCCCGCGACCCGCUUCUUCCAUGUUUCUAGCAGGCUGUUCUGUUGAAUACAAAAUGUCUAUCUUAGGUUCGGCAAGUGCAGUUAUAGGAGCAAUUUGUUCUAUGGCAGUUUAGAUGGGAUUCUAUUGAUGGGAUCCAAAUUAUAAUCUGGACUUAAUAUUUUGGGUUUGAAACAUAACAAUAGAGGGAAUUAUCUAUAAACUGGUCGCAUUGAGGUUUCUGCUCAGAAUGUGUGGAUUGGAAAAGGAGGAGCCUACACUGGAGAGAUUAGAACAACUGGUGGACAUCGGCUGUCAAUGGGUUAUUCUUGGACACUCUGAGCGUAACAUAUUAUUGGUGAAAAUGAUGAGUUUAUUGGAAAGAAGGCUGCAUAUGCAUUGAGCCAAAAUGUUAAGGUUAUUGCCUGCAUAGGAGAGCUGCUGGAAGAGAGGGAAGCAGGCAAAACUUUUGAUGUAUGUUUUAGGCAGAAGAAGGCUUUUGCAGGUGAAACUUCUUCAUCUUAAGAAGUUCAUGCUGCUGUACGCAAUUGGCUGAAGACCAACAUAUCACACGAUGUUGCUUCUAGCACUCGAAUAAUCUAUGGAGGCUCUGUUCAAGGAUAAGAAGCCAGUCAAGGUCAUCAAGAAGAACUCGGCUGCAGUCACCAAGUUCCUCGAUGAGCUGGCUAAGAUUGGCCGCACUUGAAGAAAUCUUAUAUCAGUUUGAGGAAAAACUCCAAGCUGAAAGAGAGGAAGCUGUUAGGAAGCAGGAAGAGUUGCAAUCUGUUUGAUGCCUUUGCUAGAACAUAUUUGUGGUUAGAACUUUGUCAGAACUACGUGCAAUCUGUUUGAAUGCUUCAAACCUUUGUGGUGGAACCUUUGUAUGUUUGAACCUCUAUUGUGGAAGAACUAGUGUGCUGGAAUUAUGUAUGACUUGUGAUGAG